UCCCCUCCGUGACAGUGACGAAUCUUUAAGGAAGAAAAAGUUUGAAAAAAAAUAAAGAAAACCUCCAGAGAACCAAACAUGGCGGUGACACCGGGAGCUCUGUGACUUCAUGCCGGGCUGCGAGCGUCUGUCGGCGGGGAGACGGAGUCCGGCAGCCCGCUGAUGGCCUCCGGAGCUCUGAGGGGCGGAGGCCGGGCAGCAGAGACCCGCUGGAGGAGGCACAUCGUCGGGCAGCUGAAGCUCCGAGACCGCAGGCAGCACGACAAGUUCCAGGAUCUGAUCCGCUUCUACACUCGGCUGCUGGAGAAAACCAGUCUGACCCCCGCCAGAUGUCCGUCCUCUGACAGCAGCCUCUCCGCUCUGCUGCACCAGAACAACCAGCUGAAGAACACUACUGGAGAGCUUGCCUACCAGGUGGUGCAACUUCAGCAGCAGAUUAGAAUCAAAGAUAGUGUUCUGGACGAGCAGCAUGCCAGGCAGCAGCAGGAGGAGCCUUUGCUUCAGGGUGCGUUUGAUUCCCGGCUGGCGCUGCAGGGGCGGGUGGAGACAGUCCGAGGGGACAUGGGUGCGUUGAAAUCGGAUUACGACGCGCUGCUGGAGCGUCAGAGGGGGGCGGAGACUAAACUACGAGAGGAGAAGCUGCGAGGGGGAAACCUGCUGCAGGACGUCAUUCACCUGAAACAGCAGGAGGCCGCAAACAUGAACACACGCAACGAGCGCCGCUGCAGAGCUCGAGAGGCGGCGAGGUCGAAGGUCACCGUGGAAACGAGUGGCAGCGCUCCGACCUCCAGAUCUUCGUCUCCGAAGCGAGAGUCAGAGCGUCGACUCUUCAGGUCGGCGUCGGCGACGUCCCCGAGGAUCCUCACCUCCAUCAGAGCGCUGUUCCAGAGGAGGCGAGGCCAAUCGGUGAGCAGCCUGCAGGAGGAUCAGCUGUUUGCUGUGGGUGUCUGUCUGUCAGCUCGACUUCCUGUCAGAGCUCUGCACGUCCUGGAAGCUCAUGAGCAGGGCAUUAACGCUGUGAGGUUCAACUCCAGCUCCGAGCUGCUCGCCACCGGAGGAACCGACCGAGCCGUCAAACUGUGGGACGUCAGAGCAGGCUCGCUGACCCACAGAGCGACGCUGGACGGCAGCACGGAGGGCGUCACCUGCAUCGAGUUCGACCCCAAGGGCCCGAGGGUCCUCGCCGCCUCCUACGAUAAGUCGGCUCUGUUGUGGCGGCUGGACGACCCCGUUCCCAAGGUGACUCUGACGGGUCACAGCAGGAAGGUGACAGCAGCUCGUUUCGGUUUGAAUCUGCAGGUCGUGACGGGCAGCGCCGACAGAACGGUCCGACUGUGGGACCUUCAGAGAGCCUGCUGUGUGCAGGUAGUGGAGGUGCCGUCGUAUUGCAGCGACCUCGUCUGCACUGGGUAUUGCAUCAUCAGCGGACACUACGACAGCAAGAUCAGAGUUUGGGACACCAGGGCGGUGCGAUGCAUUCAGGAACUUCCCGCCCAUGGGAAAGUCACGUCUCUGGACAUCAGCCCCGACCAUCGCCAUCUGCUCAGCUGUUGCCGUGACGACUGCCUCCAGCUGAUCGACCUGAGGGGGCGGAGCUACGAGCGUGUCUGCUUCAGAGCUGACGGGUUUAAAUGUGGCAGCGACAGCACGAAGGCUGUCAUCAGUCCAGACGGCUGCUUCCUCGCCGCCGGAUCAGCUGACGGUGCAGUUUACAUCUGGAACGUCUCCACCGGCAACCUGGAGACCCGCCUCCCCGACAAACACAGUACGUCCAUCAGCGCUGUCUCCUGGUCUCCGUCGGGCGAAUACGUCGUCAGUGUGGACCUAAGUCGUCGGGCCGUCCUCUGGAGGGACUUCUAAUAAAACGGUCAUCGCAACACAACGCACCUUAACGAGGAAAAUAAUCUGUCUUUUUUUUUUAAAGGUCACCUAUUAUGCAAAAUCCUCUUCUUCAUGUCUCUUCUAUAUCACCAUGUGUCCCCUCUUCUUCAUGUCUCUUCUUCAUCAACAUGUGUCCCCUCUUCUUCAUGUCUCUUCU